AAUCAGACAAAGAGAUAUGUCAUAAUUUACAGAAUUCUGUUAUAAAUCGAUUCAGUUGAAUAUAUUGUACAAUGAAUUUACUUUUGAUAUCAACGUUAAUUUGUAUUUUAGAAUACAUUGUGCCGAUUGUAAUAACUUAUUUUACAGCACAUUUAUAUGUAGGAAAAAAAGAAGAAGCUGAAUUACGUAAAAAUUUAGCUACAUUGAGACAAGAAAUGGCAAGUAUUUCAAUGGUAGACGAAUUUUCAAAAUAUGCUAAACUUCAAAGAAAAUAUAACAAAUUAGAAAAUACUCUGAAGGAUAUAGAAAAGGGGAGAUUAUCCAGUAGAAAAAAAGCAAGAUUAUUGACCACUUAUGGUUUUCGUAUCAUCAAUGGAAUAUUAAUAGUGAUCCUUUUAUACAUAUAUAACAAUGAACCUAUAAUAAAAUUACCAAAGGAUACAUUAUGGCCAAUUAAUUAUCUUUUAAGAUGGCCAACUAAUUAUGAAGACUCCAUUUCUUUAAUUAUGUGGUUUGUCAUCGCAAAAAUAGCUAUAUCUAAAUGUACUCAAAUUCAUAUAAUAAAUAAUCAUUAAAUAAACUUAUCAAUAAAAAUGAAGUAUAUAUAUAUAUA